GAGUGAAACCAAAACUAUAAAAAAAACAAAAAAAAAACGAGCCUAUUUAAUCGUCGUAGACGAGAGAAAGAAGCAGAAACACCCAAGACGUCUCUACUUCUGCUGCAAGAAACUCUAGAUAGAUAUCCAACAUGGGGUACGGAGACAUCAUGAGGGUAGAAACAUCUGGAGCGUCCAACAAGACCGCCGGAGCUGACAGGCUGACAGGUGGUGUACAGGCAUCGCGAGAAAUGGCCAACCAUGAUUUGGCUUGUAUGAGAACAUAUAAGACCAUCAUUGGGAACGUGGCGCGCAGACGUAAUGUUGACCCAGCUCUCAUCGCUGCCAUCAUCUCCAGAGCAACCCGGGGUGGUGCCGCCAUCUCCGGCACCAAUGGUUGGGGGGACAAUGGUAAUGGCUUUGGACUGAUGCAGGUUGAUAAGAAUUGGCACCAACCAAGAGGAGCCUGGAACAGUGAGACGCACCUGGACCAAGCCACUGAGAUCCUGGUUGAUAUGAUUAGUGUUGUCCGGGGGAAGUUCCCCGGUUGGAGCCCGGAACAGCACCUGAAGGGAGCGAUUGCGGCCUACAACAUGGGAGAACGUGUCCUAGAAUAUGCCGAUGUGGACCAUCUUACCACAGGCAACGACUACUCCUCUGAUGUCGUUGCCAGAGCCCAGUUUUACAAACAAAACGGGUUUUAGAGAAAUCCCACUUGAGCAGCCCAAAAGUUCUGUAUCAAAUAAAUGAUUAUAAUCAUGUUUUGAUUAAAUAUGAUUGUUCACGUAUAGGCUACGUGUACAAUGUGUAAUAGUCGACAGAUAGGGCUAUGGGUUGUCAAAAAUCUGCGUUGCCUACUUUGAUUCACACAGUGGAUCUCGUAAUUAUUUUCUUGCUCUACCUUUUAUGUAUUGUCCUCCGUAGGCUAAUCAUUUCUGGCAAGAUGGCUUUUCUAAAAUAUGAAAAGAAAGAUUUAUAUAUAUAUAAAUAUAUGACCAGUACUUCAACUGCUAUUAUUAAGAAAUACCAACACAUUCAUAUCAUUCAAAUCAUAGCUGUUUUAAAAAUAUCUGUUCAGCAUUCUUAAACAUGUGGAUUUCAUGCCGUGCUUCCUCACUAUGCGACAAGGUCAAAAACGUGGUGGUGAUGGUUUUUAUAUCUAGAGUACAUUACUGGGUUGGGGGAGGACUCCUCACUGGUUAACCACACUCUUACCACGUUCUGUUUCAUGAGAAGAAUUAUGACAACAAUGAAGACUCUUUCAGCACCAGAGCUAGCCUUCAUCAGGGGGAGAGGGAGGGGGCACACACACACCAUUUGGGACUUGACUUUCACUCUUACUAUAAGUUGUGUGUAUGGCAAUGUUUAUGAUUAAAAGCCUGUUUAAUGGAAGAAAGGUCCAUCUCAUUGGUGUGUGAUAGGGAGUCCAGAUACCUGGUUCAGCAGCCCCUACUUGCGUUGGUCAGAGUUCAUCACCUUAAUAUGACAUAUCACAACAGCAUUUUGAUGCGCUUUUCAGAGUGCAUUAUUACUAUUAUUAAUUCAACAUGCUAAAUUAGGCCUUUUAUUAGCCAUAUUAUUGCACAACAUUAAUUAUAGGCUGCUCACAAUAUAAUUGAUCGAAAAGCAGGAGCGGACUCCAUAUCGCCCUCUAGUGGAUGGCCACCAGCGAAUGUAAUGGGUUGUUUGGUCAGUGCUGUCCAAACUUGCAUUAUGGUGUGGGUGUGGUUGGUGCUUCAUAAGUUGAAGUAACGGUCCUGUAGUUGAUACACAGACACUGCCUUCAGGACUCACACCAAGGAAUUGACUACUAAUGAAAGCUGAGUGGUGUGGUAUUUAAAGGUUUGUGACACCAAAAAUGCAAGUUUGGGGUCAUAAGAAUUUUGUAAUUUUUUUAUCUUUGUAAGACAAUAUGUUUCCCCAUGCCCCAGAAUAGUUCCAGAUCCAGUCUUGUUGGCUGAACUCGACAGUUGAAUGAUGUCAUGUUAUAAGAACCAUUAAAUAAAACUCCAGAUA